AUGACCUUUUCGACCCACACAAAUUCCAGCAGGGCUUCCAACCUCCUGGCAAACCUGAUACAGCAAUAUGUUGCUGCGAACCCCAGAUCUGCCAGCGAGAAUGAACGUGCGUGUAGAGUCAUGCCCGCGGGCAACACGCGCGCUGUCUUCGUGUACCAGCCAUUUCCACUGGUAAUGGUGGCUGGAAGCGGCUGCUACUUGACGUCCCUUGAUGGCAUUGUAUACCUCGACUUUGUUUCAGAGUAUUUCGCCGGUAUGUUCGGUCAUUCGCAUCCCGCCAUAAAGCAUGCCCUUGAAGAAGCCACCACUAUGGGGUUCAAUCUCGGGGCUCCAAAUAGCAAAGAGAUUGAACUUGCGGAGUCUAUUACGUCUCGCUUCCCCAGUAUGGACAUGGUGCAGUUCUGUACUUCAGGAACGGAAGCCAAUACGUUGGCCAUCGCAGUGGGGUUGAAUUACUCAAAGCGAAAGAAGGUCCUUGUGUUCGAAAACGGUUAUCAUGGAAAUACUCUGUCCUUCAAAGCUCCCAAUGCACUACGGCUCCCUCAUGAGUUUGUCCUUGCCCCAUACGAUGAUAUCGCGGGAACACGGAAAAUCCUCCAGCCAGACGUCGGCGUUAUUAUCGUGGAGCCUAUGCAGGGCGCAGGAGGCAUGGUGCCCGCAAGUUAUGACUUCCUACUUUUCUUGCGUAAGCAAGCCACCAAGUACGGCGCGGUCCUCAUUUUCGACGAAGUGGUCACGGCCCGCACACACUACCACGGUCUGCAGGGAUACCACAAUAUAAUUCCUGACAUGACUACCAUUGGCAAAUUUUACGGCGGCGGAUUGCCCUUCGGCGCAUAUGGAGGUCGCCGAAAGAUUAUGAAUACCCUUGAUUCGCGGUCCAUCAAUAGCCUACAUCAUUCAGGAACAUGGCACAAUAACAUCUUCACCAUGUCUGCUGGUCUUGCAGCCGUGAACUUGCUUUCUACUGAGAACAUUGACAAGGCAAACCAGCUUGGCAAACAACUCCGCGAAGGCUUAGAUGUGAUCUUCAAUGCGUCCAGUCCUGGUACGGUCAUUGUCCGAGGUUUUGGGAGUCUUGUUGGGGUUCACUUUAUGGGGCCCGACUCGAACACACUACGAGAUGCGUUUUAUUUCUUCCUGCUGACACGGAAGAUAUAUAUUGGUCAUCGGGGUUUCCUGUGUUUGAGCAUUGUUCAUGAGGAGAAACAUGUCAUGUGA